AUGAUGACUUCCAGCGCCCUUCGCCAGCAUAACAAUGUCUGGAGUAAUAAGUACUUCGCUAUCGCUAUCGGGGCGAUUAUGGUGCUGUUCAUUCUAUGCCAUUGGUGUGAAAUAGCUUAUUCUAGAUUUGGUCCUAGGAAGCCAAAUUCAUUCGCGAGGCAUGUCUUUAAGCUUCAUCGGGCUUCACGGAGACUUUUGAAUAAUGAGAUUCUUGGCACUCGCGUCGAUAGACUCUUGCUUUAUCUCAUCUACUGGGCCCUGAAUCUCAUCUUAGCAUUGACAAACGUCGAUUUCGAACGAGUUGAUAAGCGCUUCGGAUGGAUUUCUGUGGCAAACUUUGCACUGCUUGUGUUUCUCGCUCUCAGGAAUACUCCGCUCGCUCCUUUGUCUGGCAAUUCUUACGAGAAGCUGCGUCCUCUCCACAAAGUGGCAGGCUAUACUUGCAUCGUGACUAGUGUGAUACAUGGCAUCACAUACACUAUUGUCUUCGCCCAGGAAGGGAAAUUGGAGAAGUACAAGGAAAGAGACAACUUUUCUGGAGCAAUUGCAGGAGUAGCAAUGUUGAUCAUUGGGUUCUCUACAAUCGGAUAUUUCGUUCAAAAAAGCUACGAAAUCUUCUACGUUAUUCACCUUGCCAUGUUCAUGUUGAUAUUGAUCACUGUCGGAAUGCACCGGCCGGAUUUCUCAAAGUCCACGGUCAUUAUUGUCAUCUUCAUAGCAUGCCUGUGGGGUGCCGAUCGGCUCAUUCGCUUGGCCAAGAAGUCUUGGAACUUUGUCGGCAACAAUGCAACUGUUACACCAAUGGCAGAUGGCGCAGUUCGAGUAAAACUAAAGCGCAACCUGCGUUGCAGACCUGGAUCACAUGCUUUUCUAUGGAUUCCAUCCAUUCGUUGGAUGGAAACGCAUCCCUUUACUCUCGUGUCAAAUGAGCCGGCCGAGUUUCUUGUUCGCGAAUAUAAUGGAUUCACUCGUGAUUUGCUGAAGAUCGCUCGAGAAGAGCCCGGGAAAGUUCUGCGGUGCUCCGUUGAUGGAGGGUAUGGGCAAAUUCCGAAGUUCAUGAAGUUUGAUCGAAUCGUGCUGGUCGCUGGUGGCAGUGGUGCUACUUUUACGUUCAACAUUGCACUCAAUGUGCUUAAAGAAUGCGCUGUUGCAAACAUCACGAAGCCUAUUUACUUUAUCUGGGUAGUUCGACAUGCAGAGUCAUUCAACUGGUUCGAUACCGAGUUACAACAAUUACAGGAUUGCCCUUCUGUAAAUCUUCUCAUUCAUGUCACACGCGAUGAAGCUAUAUCAAAUGAUUCUCCACUUUCAGGCUCAGUUAGUGUCGCUAGUGACCCUGAAAAGGCACCAACAGCUGUUGGAUACGUUGGAAAGGGAGCACCAGUCAUGACAGAUGUCGAGAAAGGAAAGGAAGAGGUCAAAGGACAAGCCACGGUUUCCGUAUCCGCUAUACGAAAGGGGCGCCCAGAUAUCACAAUCUUGAUCGCUGAUUGCUUAUCCCAAGGCUCCGUCGAUGAGCACAUUGGCGUUGGCGUUUGUGGACCGAUGAACAUCAUUGAAUCAACACGUGAGGUGACCUGUAGGAACACUUUUGACAGUGGCCCCUUCAUUACUUUCCACAGUGAGGAAUUUGAAUGGUGA